AUUUUCUUUAGCUCAGAGCCACAGCGAAACUCAACUAUCGGCUGGACAGUUCCUGAGCGUUUGUUGUGUUGAGCGAGAAGAAAAUGAGCAUUCUGUCAUCUCUGUCUGUGACAUGGAGUCUAGUCGUACUGGUGGUCACUCUUCUGUUUAUUUAUGGUGUGUGGCCGUAUGGAUUGUUUAAAAAGCUGGGGGUCCCAGGACCAAGGCCUUGGCCUUUCUUUGGAACUUUUCUAGCUUACAGAAAGGGUUUCUACAAAUUUGACACUGAGUGUUACAAGAAAUAUGGAAAGAUUUGGGGGAUCUAUGAUGGAAGGUUACCAAUUCUAAUGGUCUUAGACAUUGAAAUGAUCAAAUCCAUUAUGGUGAAAGACUGUUAUUCUGUCUUCACUAACAGAAGGGAAACAAACCUGGAUUUGGUCGGCCCCUUUUCUGAUGGGAUAACUGUCGUAAAAGAUGAGAAAUGGAAGCGAAUCCGUGGUUCGCUCUCACCAUUCUUCACAAGUGGACGACUGAAGGAGAUUUUUCCAAUAGCUGACAAGUAUGGAGAUUGCUUCAUUGAGAACUUGAAGAAGAAGAACCCAGAAGAUGGAAUUAAAAUUAAAGAUGUCCUCGCUCCCUACUCUAUGGAUGUUGUUGCCAGCGCCUCCUUUAGUGUGGAAAUCGAUUCUAUAAACAACCAGAAUGAUCCUUUUGUUGCCCACAUCAAGAAGAUGUUUAGCUUCAACUUUUUCAGCCCCAUUUUCCUGAUACUGACUCUGUUUCCCUUCACUGCUUCACUUUUAGGGAAAUUGGGAAUUACUCUGUUUUCAAAAUCAAGUAUGGACUUUUUCUACAGUUCCCUGAAGAAGAUAAAAGACCAGCAUAACACAAGUAAUAAUAAACGAGUGGACUUUCUGCACCUGAUGAUCCAGAACCAGAUUUUGGAUGAGCAAGCUGAGAAAGCCUCGAGUGAGCAACCAGUCAAAGGGUUGACUGACCAUGAGAUUCUUUCCCAGUCCUUCAUUUUUGUCCUGGCAGGAUAUGAGACCACCAGCACCACCCUCACUUUUCUACUGUAUAAUCUCGCAACUAAUCCAGACUGCCUGAGCAAACUGGUCGAAGAGAUUGAUGAAGCCUUUCCUCAUAAUGCUCCAGUGACCUACGAUGCGCUGAUGAAGUUGGAGUACAUGGACAUGGUCAUCAAUGAGUCGAUGCGUCUCCUCCCUACUGCCCCACGUCUGGAGAGAGUGUGUAAGAAGACCAUAGAGCUCAAUGGGAUCACGAUACCUAAAGACACUCUUGUUACAAUCCCGACUUAUGUUCUGUACAGAGAUCCACAGCUGUGGGAAUCUCCUGAAGAGUUCAGGCCUGAGAGGUUUAGUUCAGAGAAUGACAUCAACCAGUACAUUUUCAUGCCAUUUGGCCUCGGGCCUCGCAACUGCGUAGGAAUGAGGUUUGCUUUGAUGAUCAUGAAACUGGUGGUGGUGAAGCUGCUGCAGAACUUCAGCAUAGAGACAUGCAGAGAGACACAGAUUCCCAUUCAGCUCAAUAGCCUCUUUCAGCCGACAGUUCCUGUGACUCUAAAGUUUGUACCAAGAUCUCACAAAGAGGAAUAGUUCAAUCACAGACAGAACCGCCAACAAGAAAUAUUAUUAGAAAUCAUGAUUUUGAUCAAUAUUUAGUGAUUUUAUAUAAUGGGAACAUUUACCUAUUUGUUGCAUUAAUACUCUUUCAGCUUAACUCUCUUUUUAGUGACAUUUUGUAAAUGAUACUCAGCAUAUAUUAUGGUUAAAACUGCAGUAUAUGGACCAAAGCUUAUUGUUGCUGUAGUCAGCAUUGUUUAUUCUGCCUCUGUAAAACCACAGUCAGGGAUUUUAAAAUGUGAGAGGAGAAAUAUAUUUUUAAUAAUAAUUUCAGACUCAUCUCUGGCUCGACUGAAAAGCUCAUGUUUGUACUGUGUGUAAACAGUGGAGUGAAACAUCUGUUGUUUAGGGUUGAACACUUUUUCAGAUCUUUCAUUUCAAGAGUCUGGCAGAAAUAACUGUCCUUUUGACAAUGAAAUUUGAAACUUGAAAUUACAUUACUGAUUCUUGAUCAUU